CUGUUAUUCUGUCACUCUUAAUAUCAAUGUUAUCUGCUGACCUUUAGCCAAAACAAUAAAAUUGUGCCCACAUAACAAGAUAACAUGAGCGAAUUGGGAAUGGAAGCAAAGAAACAAAUUUAGCAAAAAAGAGGCGACUAGAAGCAAAACAAAACAAUGAUGGAUUUGCUCGUUGGAUGUGUUCUAAGUCUUCUCUUCACCAUAACCUUGGCUCAAGCUCUUACUUCCAUUUCGAAACGAAGCAAAACAGGUCCAGGAAAGCUUCCUCCUGGUCCAACACCUUUACCACUUGUAGGCAACCUCUUUGAACUUGGUGACAAACCCCACCAGUCCUUGGCCAAGCUUGCCAAGAUUCAUGGCCCCUUGAUGAGUCUUAAACUCGGCCAGAUUACUACAGUAGUCAUUUCUUCAGCAACCUUGGCCAAAGAAGUCCUUCAAACUCUUGAUCUCAGUUUUGCUAACCGAAUCUGUGUCCAAGCAGUCCAUGCACAUGAUCAUCAUGAGGCUUCCAUGCCAUGGUUACCUGUUGGUGCGCCAUGGAGAAAUCUUAGAAAGAUUUGCAAUUCUUACCUCUUUUCCAAUCAGAAACUUGAUGGUAAUCAGGACAUUCGUCAGAAGAAAAUUCAAGAACUUAUCGCCGAUGUAAAAGAAAGUUGCCGUCUCGGUGCCGCGACCAAUAUCAGCCAUGUGGCUUUCAAAACUGUCCUUAGUGUCUUGUCCAGUAAUGUUUUUUCUCUGGACUUGACUGAUUCAAACUCUGACAGCGUAAGAGAGUUCAAGGAGGUAGCGAGGUGCAUCAUGGAUGAGGUCGGAAAACCAAAUUUAGCUGAUUAUUUCCCUGUGCUAAGAAAGAUUGAUCCACAGGGCGUAAGGCGUCGAACUGCAAUUUAUUUUGGGAGGAUGCUAGAUCUGUUUGAUCCAAUAAUCGAUCAACGGUUGGAGCUAAGGAAAGAAGAAGGCUAUAUCUCAGCCAACGACAUGCUUGAUACUCUUCUCGCCCUUAUUGAAGAAAACAAGACAGAGAUGGACAUAAAUUCCAUGAAACAUUUGUUCUUGGAUCUAUUUGCAGCUGGGACUGAUACGACUUCAAGCACAUUGGAAUGGGCAAUGACAGAAUUACUCCGCAAUCCAAAGACUUUAUCGAAAGCCCGAGCUGAGAUUAAGCAGACUAUUGGCACAGGAAGCUUGCUACAGGAAUCAGACAUGGCCCGUUUACCUUACUUGAAAGCAAUUAUCAAAGAAACCUUCAGGUUACAUCCAGCAGUCCCCUUAUUACUCCCUCGCAAAGCAGGAGGAGAUGUUGAAAUGAAUGGCUUCACAAUUCCCAAAGAUGCACAAGUUCUGGUGAAUGCAUGGGCUAUAGGCAGAGAUCCAUUUCUAUGGGAAGAGCCAGAAUUGUUUAGGCCAGAGAGAUUCUUGGAGUCGAAUAUUGAUGCUAGAGGUCAAUAUUUUGAGCUUAUACCAUUUGGUGCUGGAAGGAGAAUUUGCCCUGGAUUGCCAUUGGCAAUAAGAAUGUUGCACUUACUGUUGGGUUCACUUAUCUACUCUUUUGAUUGGAAACUUGAAGAUGGUGUUACACCAGAGAACAUGGACAUGGAAGAUAGGUUUGGCAUCAGCUUACAGAAGGCUAAACCACUGAUAGCUAUACCUAAUCAAGUUUAACUUGAAUUCUUGUCUUUUCUUUUGGAAUUGGAACUUUUGUGCUUUUGCUUUUGCUUCUGCUUUUGCUUUUAUUAUAUAUUUAUCAAGAUAGGCUCAAUCGUAAGACCAUACCUGAAGGAAGUUGGAUGUGGUGAUGUCUUUUCUUCUCCUUUUGGAAAAGCCUGUCUGAUUUAUCAUUUUUAAUAGAACAUUAUAGUUUAUGAGAA